AGGAAUCAUGUCCCGAAACAAAAGGGUGCAUGGGACACCAACUAGUAGACAAAAGUUGUAUAAAUGUAUAAAAAUGGUGGAGGCCAGGCCGGAGAGUUCAAACGGUGGGGGGAGCUAGCUAGGAUCACUGAUUCACUGUAAAACUCGAUCCAUCUGUAGAAGCAAAAAGUAUGGCCGUGGAAGAAGGUGUUGGUGAUUACACGCAGGAUGGGACAGUGGAUCUGAAAGGGAACCCGGUCCGUCGAUCCAAGCGUGGUGGAUGGACCGCUUGCUCCUUUAUUGUCGUGUACGAGGUUUUCGAACGCAUGGCGUAUUAUGGUAUAUCUUCCAAUCUGAUUUUGUAUUUAACAAAGAAGCUCCACCAGGGCACCGUCACCGCUUCCAACAAUGUCACCAAUUGGGUCGGAACUGUUUGGAUCACUCCAAUCUUGGGUGCUUACGUCGCUGAUGCUCAUCUCGGCCGUUACUGGACGUUUGUCAUUGCCUGCAUCGUUUAUAUCUCGGGAAUGUCACUACUAACACUGGCCGUUUCACUUCCUGGUUUAAAACCGCCUCAGUGCUUAGAGACCGAUAUGGAGAACUGUAAGAAGGCUUCGACAUUACAGAUUGCCGUGUUUUAUGGUGCACUCUAUACCUUAGCCGUUGGAACAGGCGGAACCAAGCCCAACAUCUCCACCAUCGGGGCAGACCAGUUCGAUGAUUUCGACCACAAGGAGAAGGCUCACAAGCUGUCCUUCUUCAAUUGGUGGAUGUUUAGCAUCUUUUUUGGGACACUCUUUGCCAAUACAGUUCUUGUGUGGGUACAAGACAAUGUAGGAUGGACCUUAGGAUAUGCGCUUCCGACUCUUGGACUUGCAAUAUCCAUUGCCAUCUUCUUGGUAGGCACAUCCUCCUACAGACACAAGGUGCCCGCAGGUAGUCCCUUCACGAGGAUGGCCAAGGUCAUUGUAGCUGCUUUAAAUAAAUGGAGGGUGCGUAUCCCUGAUGAUCCAAAAGAGCUCUAUGAGCUUGACUUGGAAGAGUAUGCUAAGAAAGGAAAGUUCAGAAUUGAUUCCACAGCCACCUUGAGGUUCCUUACCAAGGCGUCUGUGAAAACCGGCUCAACUAAUUCAUGGAUGCUAUGCUCAGUUACACAAGUCGAAGAGACUAAACAAAUGUUACGAAUGAUCCCAAUCUGGGUUGCCACUUUCAUACCAAGCACAACGGUUGCCCAGAUCAAUACUCUUUUUGUCAAGCAAGGGACCACUCUCGAUAGAGGCAUUGGCAGCUUCAAAAUGCCCCCCGCAAGUUUAAGUGGAUUUGUUACCAUAUCCAUGCUUGUCUCAGUUGUGCUCUAUGAUCGGUUGUUCAUCAAGAUUGUGCAAAGGUGGACUAAAAGCCCUAGAGGCAUCACUCUCCUUCAAAGAAUGGGAAUUGGCUUUUUUAUGCUCAUUAUAAUUAUGAUAAUUGCAUCACUAACCGAGAGAUAUAGAUUGAGAGUGGCCAAGGAAAAUGGGUUGGUUGAAAAUGGAGGACAAGUUCCUUUAACCAUAUUUAUUUUACUUCCUCAGUUUGUGCUUAUGGGCACCGCAGAUGCAUUUUUAGCGGUUGCCGUGAUUGAGUUCUUCUAUGACCAGGCGCCAGAAAACAUGAAGAGUCUUGGGACUUCCUAUUCCAUGACUACUCUAGGAGUUGGAAACUUUAUGAGUAGUUUCCUUCUUUCAACAGUUUCUCACAUCACCAAGGAGCAUGGUCACCACGGGUGGAUUCUAAACAACCUGAAUGCUUCUCAUCUUGACUAUUAUUAUGCAUUUUUCGCUGUACUAAACCUCCUGAACUUCGGUUUCUUCUUGAUUGUGAUUAAGUUCUAUGUGUAUAAGGCUGAAAUUUCGAAUUCAAUACAAGUUCUUACAGAAGAAUUGAAGGGGAUGACAGUGCAAGUUUCUAACCAAGAGGAAUCCAGGAGGUAGAUUGUAGACUGACUAAUGGAAAAGAAUAAAGGCCAUACAGAAAUCAAAGCUAAUAUUCAAGUUCGUGAUGGUUCCGGUAAAGCUGUGGGUUGUGGAAGGGCCUUUCAUAGAGCACGAAGUAUUGCUAUAGCUUUGGGUUCAUGUUGGUUUAAGAUAGUGUGUCUCUGAUUUUGCUUUACAUCAAAUAGGAGAAUAAUGUUUACUCAUUUUUAAUAGAGAAUUAACGCGACAUAGUUGUGUGAA